ACAGCACGGCUGUGCCAGCUUGUCCUGGCAGGCUCCUGCAGCAUGGCAGUAAAGCUCUGGACCUUCCUGCUGGGGUUUGGGCUCAGCUGGGUUUGGCCAGCUUCUGCCCACCGGAAACUCCUGCUAUUGCUCCUGGAUGGUUUCCGCUCAGACUACAUCAGUGAGGAUGCCCUGGCAUCCUUGCCUGGUUUCAGAGAAAUUGUGAGCAGAGGAGUCAAAGUGGAUUAUUUGACUCCAGACUUCCCCAGCCUCUCCUAUCCCAAUUACUACACCCUCAUGACCGGCCGACACUGCGAGGUCCACCAGAUGAUCGGCAACUACAUGUGGGAUCCCAGAACCAACAAGUCAUUCGACAUCGGGGUCAACCGAGACAGCUUGCUGCCCCUCUGGUGGAACGGGUCGGAACCGUUGUGGGUCACUCUGAUGAAAGCCAGGAGGAAGGUCUACAUGUAUUACUGGCCAGGCUGUGAAGUUGAGAUUCUUGGUGUCAGACCAACUUACUGCCUAGAAUAUAAAAACGUCCCAACGGAUAUCAACUUUGCGAAUGCAGUUAGCGAUGCUCUUGACUCAUUAAAGAGUGGCCGAGCGGAUCUAGCAGCCAUAUACCACGAGCGCAUCGACGUCGAAGGCCACCACUAUGGCCCCUCAUCACCUCAGAGAAAAGAUGCCCUCAAAGCUGUGGACACUGUCCUGAAGUAUAUGAUCAAGUGGAUUCAGGAACGAGGCCUGCAGGAUGAUAUAAACGUCCUCAUUUUCUCAGACCAUGGGAUGACUGACAUCUUCUGGAUGGAUAAAGUAAUCGAGCUGAGCAACUACAUCAGCCUGGAUGACCUGCAGCAAGUGAAAGACCGAGGGCCCGUCGUGAGCCUGUGGCCGGCCCCAGAAAAACACUCCGAGAUAUAUCAUAAACUCCGCACAGUGGAGCACAUGACUGUGUAUGAGAAAGAAGCAAUACCCAACAGGUUCUAUUACAAGAAAGGGAAAUUUGUCUCUCCUUUGACCUUGGUGGCUGAUGAAGGAUGGUUCAUCGCAGAGAGUCGAGAGAUGCUUCCAUUUUGGAUGAACAGCACUGGCAAGCGUGAAGGCUGGCAGCGCGGAUGGCACGGAUACGACAACGAGCUCAUGGACAUGAGAGGAAUCUUCCUGGCCAUCGGACCUGAUUUCAAGUCCAACUUCAGAGCUGCUCCAAUCAGAUCUGUGGAUGUCUAUAACAUCAUGUGCAGUGUCUCGGGCAUCACCCCACUACCCAAUAACGGGUCCUGGUCCAGGGUGGUAUGCAUGCUGAAGGGCCAGACCAGCUCGGCUCCAUCCAUCCCGCUGAAUGCACUGGUCUUGAUUCUCCUCUUAUACUUUGUCUAGCUCACUCUAUGGCUCAUUCCAAAGCACUGUUGCAGUAAAGUCUGCCUCCAACAUGG